AUGUCGUUUGAAAACCUGUUGACACGUCUGCAUGAGUGCCUGAAUAUUGAAGAAGCCGCUCCUGGAACUAUCGGUGAAAUCCUCCGGCGUGUUUUAACUAAACUCUCUGAAUCUUCCAGGAGCAACGUGAAAAGAUGCAAGGAGCGCUGUUUAGAGGAGGCUGUCCAGCUGCUGAGGCAAACAUCUGCAGCUCAUCUUCGUGCUUUGGAGGACGAACACCUCCUGCUUCUUGUCAGACUCCUCUUAUCCCUUCAGCUGGAGAUGGUCUGCAUCUCCACAGCCUGUCGAAAAGUAGACCAGAUGCUGCAGCAUUUGUCAAAAUUGGACCACCAGUUGGUUUUUAGAGAAACGCUCCUCAGUUUUCACUCUGUAGUCCUCAGUGAUCAGGUUCUGUCUUUGAACGAUCUGCAAACAGCGUGCAUGUUCCUGGAAGACAGCGCUGUCGGCCGUGAGGUGUGGCGAGAAUCCUACAUGUCCAUACUGAAUAAGUUGUCUCAGUCCCUCCCUGUUGUUUUACAAGAAGAGCCUCUGAGAGAUGGACCUCUCUGCUAUAUGGCUGUGAAGGUGUGUUUGCAGAUAUUUCAGCUGCUGUCCAGUGAAGUUGCUUGUCUUGUUUGGGAACAGAACCAUCAGGAUUCAGCAGUGCAGAAGAUCCUGCAGGCUCUAAUGGACAUUAUUCUUGGACAGUGCUCCAACAGGGACACUCGUCUUUUAGCGGGCACUGCUGUGGCGAUGCUGAUCAACACAGCAUCAGAGAGAAAAGCAGGAGGAGCUGCUGCCUGGAGUGUGCUGCAGGUCUCUCUUGGAGAGCCCUGGCAGCUCAGUGUUGGUGUCCUGCAGGUCCAGUGUGACCCUGUGGUUCAGGACGGGGUGGGCAGGCUGGCUGUGUGCCGGGGCCUCCUGACCUGCUGCCGACCUCACAUCUUACUCAGUUCAUGCCGUGACACCCCGCAGACUUGUUUACUUCUGGAAGGUCUGUUUCCUCUCGUUUCCUCUCUGUGUGAAGAGAAGCUGGAUUGCCACUACUUAGCCUUCGAAGUUUUAACACUGUGGCUGAGGAGAGUUAAAGAAUGUGUGCUGGAUCUCUGGAAGAUGACAGGUGGCCGUCUUUUACCUGACGACAGCAGCCUGCAGCAGCAGCUCGCUCACAUAAUCUGGACCAACGCGGAAAGCCCAGUUGAAGGAGUGCCUGAAUUUGCAAACAGUGCCUUUACUCAGCUGCUGAGCCUCUAUAAGAUGGACUGUGAGCAGUUCUCCGAUGCAAAGAGGACUUUUUAUUCUACCCUGCUUCAGAGAAUAAUGAAGCUACCCUGGGAGGCCAAAGCCAAGUAUCAUCACCUCUGUGCUCUGCUGCCACAUCUGGGUACUGGCGUGGUGAUGGAUGGAUACUCUGAGGUGUUCAGUCAUUUUCUGAAGUGUUUAUCAACCAAUCACCUGUCACCGUGUGCAGCACAACUGUAUAAAUGUCUGGUCCAGCAGCAGAGGAGGGAGCUCUGUGAAGGAUCAGAGGAGUCUUCCUCUCUCACUGAGCUGGAGCUGGCCGGGCACUGGGCGAAGCGUUGGCAGCCGUUUCUUCACGAGGUUCUGACGUCCGAUGUGACUCUUCUGCUGAACAACGGCUCAUCACACCUGCUGCCCUGCACCUUUCAGGUUUUCCCCUCUGCAGUUGACCUUUUGCUAGCUGCUCUGGACCCUCGUGAGCCUGGGCACCUCCAUGCUUGGACCUGCGUCCUGAGCUCUCACCGAGCCGUUACCGGCUGCUCUCCGUGGUCCCUUCAGGGUGGCUCCACCUUGGGAACGCUGCAGCUGGCUCUGGGGUCUGCAGAUGAUAAAAUCCGCCUCGCUGCCCUCAGUCUGCUCUGUUGCAGCCCAAAGACUAAAGACACCCCAACUACAGAAGAGAUGGCGACACUGAGGGAGUUCAUUCCUCAGAACCUGAACUGCGAGUCCUCGUCGUUUCGUCAGCAUCUUCAGGCCGGAGUGAGGAAGUUUCUGGUUCGCGUCAGAGACGGCUGUUUGGCACUGAUCAGAGGAGCGAAGAGCAAAAAGAACAGAGACGACGUUCCUGAGAGAACGCAGGACGUUCUGGAGCAGAUAGAUUUUGUGGAGUGGUUAAGCCAGCUUCCCUACUGCCACCUGGCUCCAGGACACAGCUACCAGAGGAAGAAGACUGCGCUGCUGCUGCUCUCUGCUGUGCUGGAGACGUGCACGGACACCUGGAGUCCUGACAGGAAGAAGGGACAGCCUCCAGCAAACAUUGGAGCUCUUAUUAACUGUGCCAGACAAAGAGGACUUUGGGAUUUCUUCAGCAGGACCAAACAGCUGGUUCUUCUCAGCUGUCUGGAAGAUUCCACAAAUGAGAUUCGAGAGCUCUCCUCCGAGCUGUUGUUGAGGUUUUUUCCACCCAGUUUCGCAGACGACAUUGCUGAAGUGCUGACUGUGAGGACCAAGCAGCUUCUGUGCAGUCCUCGGGUUCAGGAGGCUCAAAUGGGAGCGCUCAUGAUGAAGGUCCUUGUUCAGAAAUCAGGACAUCAAUGUGAAGACUGUGAACUGAACUCUGGAAGAGACCCAGAACCCUUCUGCGUGGUCACAGUCCUGGUGAGGGAACUGGAGGAGCAUUAUCAGACAGCCAAAACAGACAUGAUGCUCGCUGCUCGAACAAAACCCAUACACGGUGUCCUCUGUGCCCUGCAGAGAUGUUUGCUGGAGGCACCAAACCAACUCUGUGACACACUCGAUACCAGUGUGAUGGAGAAGAUGCUGGUUCUCCUGGAGGACGUCUCUCUGCUGCUGCUUGCUGUUCUGCACGGAGACCAGGAGGCUGGUGAAACGAAUGCUCCUCCUUCCUUUUGUGAAAUGGGAAAUGCCAUCAGCUCUCUGAUAUCCCAGCAGUCGGGGGAGGGAGAAGCCGAUGGAGAGGAGUGCAUCCUUCUGUCUGAGGAGCACAGCCUUGUUCUCACCUGCUGCUGGGUCUCCCUUAAGGAAAUAGGAAUUCUCUUAGGUUCUUUGGUGGAGAAAAUUCUCACAGAAACGAAACAACACAGCGAGUGUCUUCUGACAAAACAAGACUUAACAAGAGUUUCAAAAGUAUUCAAGGAUAUUCUUCUCAAAUGCCGCCACUGGGGGGCAGUGGAGGGCUGCUGCAUAGGCUUCACAAAGCUCUGCGCCUCCCUGCUGAGCAGCACUGAUCCACAGCUUAAAGAUAUUCCAAUACAAAGGCUGAAAGAGGGACUGCAGGUUGUGCGUUGCCCUCGUUCUGCAUCUGUGACCCGGCGGGCUGCGGGGCUGCCUAUGCUGAUCCUGUGUGUUUUAUCAGCAGAGGAGGCCAGUAAAGCCAGACCACUGUUAGCCUCCAGUAUGGAAGCCUUGAUGGACACAGCCAAAACUCCUCUGGAUAAGAACUGGGACCAAACCUUGGACCUGCCACAGGUGUGUGCGGUUCACACUCUGCAGGCGUUGGUGCGUGGAGCAGGUUUGGGAGCAGCAGUCCUACAGUUCGCACCUUCUGUCAUCAUCUUGUCUCUCACUCUGCUCAGUUCUCCCUGCUGGGCCAUGAGGAAUGCUGCUCUGCAGCUUUACAGUUCUUUGUGCUCUCGAAUGCUUGGCCAGCGGUCGGGCAGUGAGGAGGCUGGUCUGACCCAGCACAGCAUGUCCCCUGCUGCCUUCUUCUUCCACUACCCUGCGCUCCAGCCUUUCCUCCUGGGCGAGCUCAGAAAGGCAGCACAAGACCUCCAGGGUCCAGCAAGCGGGGCCAGACUACACCUCCAGCCCUCGCUUUACCCAAUCCUGACCCUGCUGGCCCAACUCCAGCCUGGCGUCCAAGACCCAUCAGAAACUUUGUUGGACUUCCUGCAUCCCUUACUCCAGCUGUCUGCAAGUCCCAUUUACAGUGUGAGAGUCAAGGCGUCUACAGCUCUGGUUGCCAUGACUCCCUCCUCACACUACACUGACAUCCUUAUCAGACUGGCCUCUCAGCUGCCCGGUCCUCUGGAGUCCUGCAGCCACAACCAGCUCCACGGUCAGCUGCUGCAGGUCAGAGCCAUUCUGGACAGAGCUCUCUGCACACACAGUGGACUUUCAGGUGACCUCCAUGAGGUGCUGAGCAGGGUCCAGACCUCUCUGUGGUUAGGGACUGGAGCUCAGCGCUGCCCACUAGUGAGAGCAGCAUACCUCCGAGUGGUGGACUCUCUAAGAGAAGGUGCUUGUGAGAACUUCCUGUCGCAGCUCAGCGACGCACUCAUCCAUGGUCUCAAAGCCCCUCAGCAGGGUCUUCAGGUUGGGUUAUCAUCUUUCCACCAAGAAGUCAUCCAUUUUUUAUGUGCAGACCAAAAGUGGGCUUGUAAAAUCUGGGAGCAUUUCCCUACAUUUAGCAUCGAUGUGAGGCUUUCGUUAAUUAUGUUGCUGCCGGCGAGGCGAGGUUUGCAUCAGACGGGCUUGAAGGACGUCAUUCAAAGGGCGCUGCAGUCAGUCUUGAAGGAGGCUUUGUUGAGCGACAGCGUGGAGUAUCGCACUGCCUUCCUCACCGCUCUGGUCGUCGUGAUGACUGCUGUACCUUUUCCAAAUUCGAGUCCCCCAGCGGAGCCUUUCCUGCUCGAGUGUCUGGAUUUGUUACUUACAGACUUGCAGGAGCAGAAAGGUGGACCAGAGUUUCUGUCCCAGGCUCUGAACGUUGCCAGUUUGCUGCUUUCCCAGUGGCCACACUCCAGUGUAAAGCUAUCUAAGCUCCAAGGCUGGUGUGAUAUCUUGGAGCGCCAACGGGCUCCAGAUGCCCCUGAAGUGCUCAGGCUGGCGUGUGGUGAAGCUCUUUGUGUGGCUGGAGCUCCACUCAUCAACAGCCUGAGAGAACAUAGCGCUCUCCCUGCUGUCAUAAUGAGGUUGAUCAACACAGGCCUUUACCUGCUGCAGGACCAAAGCCAGCCGGUGAGGCUGAAAGCGGCCUGUUUUACCUCGUCGCUUCGUCGUGUGACAAGAGGAGACAAGAUCUGCAUCAUGCACGUUAACCAGGCUCUGCCGCUCCUCCUGGACCUGCUGGUGGAGGAAUGCUGGGAAACUACUGGCACACUGGAGGUGCUGCUGUCCCACCUGCCUCAGUCUGAUCCCAGAUCUGUGCUGAGAGAAGCUUCAGGAGCAGGAGGGUGUGCCAGCCUGUACGAGCAGGAUGAAGCCAACGUGUUUGCAGAGCCCUCUGUCAUGUCUGCACAUGUGCUACCUUACCUGCUGCAGAUGGCUGAAAAAUCCUCUCAAUCCUCUGCUUUGGCACACACUCUGAGUACUUGGGCAGAAGGGAAUGCUGCACAGGUGCUAGACAACCUCGCAGUUUGUGAAAAGCUCCAGCCAGCAAAGACAUUGACUUCCUGUUGGCUGGCUCUCCUCACUGACCCCCGUUUCCACAGCAGCCUGUGCGGCCUGCUCACCAGGGCUGCCUUCUUUCUCCGUCUCCUGAAAACACUCGCUGGUACGCGACACCUUUGCGAUCCUUUGUCCGUGCAGAAGCGUUUGCAGGACGUUUGCAAACUGCUCAGUCAGAAUGGGGUUCACUUCCCCUCUGCUUUCACAGCUGCUGUGGCUGGACUGUGACUGAACAGGGGACUUGUUUUCAAACGAUGGAUUCAUGUUCGAUGUGGCCCAAAAUAGCGCGACUUG